GACCUCAACCAGUCUACAGGAUGGCAGGUCAGACCCAGCCAGCAAGCAGAUAUAACUGCCCCGCUGGCUUAGAGUCUUGGCUGCAAGAAUCGAAGAUUCCCUGCCACCGCCUCAGCUGGGGCUGGGGCCUUUGUGACUAAUGUAGCUAGUAAACAACCUACAUAAGGGUUUGCCUUGGUAGGUACAAGCUAAGGAGUGGCUCCCAUCUCACCAGGAAGAUGGGAAACCAAGAUUAGUACUACUAGCUUCUAGAGCCAGUAGCAGCCGACGCUGCUCGGAGAGCAAGUUCGCGCCAUAAGUCACGGAGGCGGCUAGCCAGCACAGCUGGAAAAAAACCCAGGGGCGAUUCAUUCCCGAGAAACAAAAGUUUCGCUGAGGGAAUCGACCGUUGUACAACGAAGAAGGGUGGAAUCGUGGUAACCCCACGAAGCCACAAAGUUCGUUGUGCAGAGGAAAACUCAGGCACAACUCAGAGGAACGGCAGAAAUACUGCACGAAACUGUAUCAGGCAUCAUGGACGACGCUGCAAAGGACGCGUACAUCGCCAAGUUGGAAACUGGGAUGAAAGCCACGGUGGGUCUCAUUGCAGGUGCUACCGGCAGCAAGAGCGCCGCGAGUGAAGCUGCGUUCAUGCAGUGGCGCCGUACUUUCCCGUUGGGAGUGUUGGGCCCCGAGGACCGAGCGGCAAUGCGUUCAUUGCUGUCCAUCUCGGGCAGGGAGUUUCAUCGGCUGGAAGCCAAGUUCAAGGGGCAGAACCCCCGGUACAACUCGGCGUUGCCAGGAUUUGAUCCAACGGCGCGACGCCAGCCAAUGGUGACACCCAAAAAGGUGGUCCGCCAAGCACUGGCUGACAACACGGUGGUGCUAUCGGCAGCCAAGGCCAAGGCGGGGCAAGGGUUGGCAAGCGCCGCGUGGAACGUUCUCUACACGGGCACCCGUGAAGAGAACAAGCGUUACAACGCGACCGAGGUCUCGAAGCUGAUGACGGGUUGCGUGCUCCAGAUGAGUUCUGGAAGCAAACGGGAGCGGGAUGGAACGUUCCGUCCCAACCGCCGUAAUCGGCGCCAGGACGAUGCAGCGUAAAGCCCCACUGGGUGAGGACGGGCAUGAUAUUCAAGACGCAAAUGUCCAGGGCAGAGAACCAAAUGACAACACAUGACAGUAUGGUCGGCACGGUCAAAAGGAAACCGGGUAUAGUUCAAAAUUAAAACUUUAUAAAGAAACGGAA